UCCGGAUACAGCUAUUGCUCUCUCUUUUUCUCACACACUCAAGUAACUCUCUCACUGUGCACCUGUUCCUUGAGUGCGCUGGCUGACGUGCUGAUCACAGCUGACCUUUGACUUGCUGCAAAAACCCAGGAGCUCCCUGCUGUCUCUCAUUCAGUCCAGUAGUGGGAUGUGCGUUGCUCGCUGCUCCCAUUGUGUUGGCGUGUCCCUGGUUCCCUUGGCGAUACUUUCCAUGGUGGCCAAUGCCCUGUUACUGUUUCCAAACCUGGACACUCGUUACCUGCAGGAAGGUCAUGUGACCAGGUUGGCUACCUGGGGGACAGGCUUGUGGGCGUCUGGUUUUCUGGUGCUCCUGGCGGCCCGAGGGUUUGUGUCCAGUAGCUCAAAGACAGGCUGCUGUACUUUCAGGGCCGAAAUGCUGUGCCAGGUGGGCUACUCCUGUGUGGCGUUAGCAGCUGCUGGGGCCUGCUUUCUAGUGAGCGGCACAGGGCUGGCUCGGGGCCCCUACUGUCUGCACAACAGUACCCAGGGCCUCAACUGGGAGAUGCCCCUGGAAAGGCAGUCCGCCAGUGAAAAGUACUACCUGUUUGAGAGGGAGCGAUGGGCACUGGCCUGUUUGGAGCCACAGGGGGUGGUCCUGUGGAAUGUGGUUCUCUUCUCCCUGCUCAUGGCGACCAGUGGGAUCCAAGUGCUGCUCUGUGCUGCCCACACUCUGAACGCCCUGCUAGGCGUGCUCUGUGGACCCGGCUUCCGCAAGAACAAGGUUGGCCCGGUAUGAAGACCACUUCAAAACAACAGGGAGUGAACAUCUCAAGCAGCAAGUGAUCACGGUCUACAUCUGCCAAAAUGGAGAUCAAGAUCACCACCUUUUGAAUUUGUAUUUAUUUUCAUUUCUAUUGAUAAUUGUCAUUGUCAAUUAUUGCUGUUAUUGAUGGCAAUGACAAUUGCACUACAUUUAUGAUGUGCCUUAUUUCCGCACCGCAAUAUGGGUACUCCCCAUGAGCAAAAGGUACGGCAGCCAUUUUGAAGCAGACUGCUGACUUAAAUUCUUUGCAGUGUAAAUACUGGGAAUUACUUAAGAUUAAUUUUAUCUAAACUUGGACAAUGCUAGAUGGCCAGUUCGGUAGAGACAGAAUGGUACAUUUGGCCUGCGAAUACCCUGAGAAGAACAUUCAUUUGUGGCUUAGCUUCACUGUUUCUUUUUAAAUGCACCCCUUUAGAAAGGAGUUAGCACAUAGGUUCAGUAUGUGUGGAAGUGCAAGCAUGCGUACCAUGGGAUAAGAAAACAAAGACAAUGGCAGAUCUCCCUCUUCAGAGAUCUCUCAGGAGGGAUCCCUGCACCCGUAAGAGUGCUGGAAAGCAGGAGCAGAUCGGUGGAGGUAUGCAGAGAAAUGGACAGGCUGCAGGAAACCGUGGGAGGCCAUGGUGGAAAUAGACUUUAAAUGUGAGCAAAGAGGAACAGCGUCUCCCACUGGUGAUGUGUAAUUUGGUGUUUUGUUUUUUGUUUGUUUUUUUGUUUUUAGAUGAAUGGUAAAGAGUGUGAUGCACAACUACAAAGAUGCUUUGGUAGUUUACAAUAUUUGGCUAGAAGCCAAGAUGCCAUAUUUCACCACCUUUUAGGUUUGAAUGGGUUUUUAUUCAAUAGCAGCCAGUAUUUGCAGUAUAUCCAGUUUGGGCCCCAGAACAUUUUUGCUACAGUAUAAAUUCUGCCAUAUUGCCCAAAUGUGCAGUUUGUAGAGUUAUUUUUCUUAUAAUAUAUUUACUCAUAUUCAAACUUAAAACAGUACAGAAUACCUCUUAUAGCCAGUUGGGGGCCCUCAAGUCUCCAGCGCCCCAGGCAAUUGCAAACCAGCAGACUUUCCUAUAAGUACUGGGGCUUGGGUGGCACGUCAAGUGCUAUCUGUCAGCUAUAGUCCAGAUGUAAGUCUGACACUGCCUCUGCUAUUGUGGCAGAGACUCCAUGGGACUUUGGGAACGAGGGAUUCAGCCCUGAAGGCUUAUCACUCAUUAGCAAUGGAAACGGCGGCUGCAUAUUUUGGAAGCUGUUAGAUUUUCUCUAUUCGAUUAAAUAAGUAAAAUAAAUAAUUUGAUAUUUAGCUGGCACUUACAAUUGAUUAGACUAAGCAGAGGACAAUCCCCCCUGGAGCAAUGCGUGGUUAAGGCCUUUGCCCAACAGCUGUGCAGCCUGUAGCGUAGUGGUUAAGGUAGAUGUCUAGGAUGUCUCCAGGGGAGGAUUGUCCCCUGCUUAGUUAUCAACUGUACGUCGCUCUGGAUAAGCCAAAUGCCAUUAAUGUAAUGUAAUGUAAUGUGCAGAUCUUUCCGUGGCUACACCUGGGCUUGGGCCACCAACCUUCCGGGUCCCAGUCAUGGGUCUUAGCCACUAGGCUAUAGGCUGCCCCUGAUUUCUCAAAGUAAUUGCUUUGGGUGGACAUGUUGCUUGCUAUUAUUGUGAUCUAUGCUAAGGAUCUUCCUGAGUGGUGGGGUUGCUGGGUGCAGACCUUGGAGAUCAGAAUAACGCCCCAGACAGAACACAUCUUUAACUUCCCCCAGACAAAGGGAUAUAGCGCAGACAGAGGAGACAGGGGGUGUCAAGAUCAUCAAAGACGAGACGAGACACAGGAACAAGAGGCACAGAAAUAUACAGAGAUGGGGUUUAUAAUGGCAUCACACAUUCUGUACACCCACAAGUACCAUACACACACUAUCCAGUUUAGCAGUUACACGCAGUUCUCCACACACGCACACGCACACACACACACACACACACUUGGAGACAUACAUGCAUACAUUGUGCUGAUCAAGUAACACCUAUGAUGCAAAUUAGUGCUGCAUAUAUGUGUUAACCAACCACCCAAUACCGCUGCAUUUACUGUCAUUGGUCAGGAAAUGGACUACAUAUGUAAAGUGAGCAUAGAGCAUUCCUUAUAAGGAGGUUUAUCUCUUGAAAAAGGAACACAAAUUUGUUUUUUUUGUUUUUGUCUAUACCAAGUUUCAGCCACAAUGAAUUCUAGCAGUUAUUAUUUUUUACUGUGAAACUAUUUAUUUAAUGCAUUGUACACAUUUUAUUGUGUUUUUUUUAUUUUAUUCAUCGUACUCUCACUACGAUGUAGUCAUUUUUUGUAAUGUUUUCUUCUAGCUUGUUUGAAUGGAUGGAUGUUAACACAGAGUGUUAUGCUAUGUGGGAUACAGCAUGUAUAGUAUGUAUGUAGUCAUCUGGCAUUUUAACUCACUUUUUGAUACCUCUUGAAACCUUUCAGUACUGUAUGUGUGUAUUUUAUGAACUGGAUAUUACACCGCUGUGAUGUCAUUUCCAUGAGUUACUCACGUGAUUGACAUCGGUGAUUUAGUGUGUCCAUUUGUGCGUGUGCCGGUGACUCACACCCAUCUGUGCGGAUGCAAUCCUGCGUGCUGGAAACGAUGCAGCUUUCACUACUCUUGAGAGUCUUUGUGUUGUCACUUUUUACACAAUUCAAUAAAUAAAUCCUGUUGAUCAGA